ACUGCGUCUGCGCAGUUAUCGCCUGUGUACAACCCCGGAAGUGGUGAUGGUGACCCGGGGGCGCCGACCCCGUCUACAGUGGCGGCAACUCCGGUGGCAGGAGUCGCCCUUCAAGCUCCCUCCUCUGGCUUCACCACCAAGACGGUGUACGGAUUCCUCGACUUCACUACUGUCGUGGGCGACACUGUUAUGGUCUUCACGCCGCAGAGUCAAAGUGCUGCUAAACCUAAGCCCAGCAAGACCCGAGAGGCACUUACAGAAACGCGAACCUCUUCACGCUUUGUGCUCUCACCCACCCCCACACUACCGAGGCUAAAGUCCACUUCGGCACCCUCAACUCUUCCUCCCAGGCACUCUGUCUCACCUUCCUCUACCCUCGAGUCCUCCUUCUUUGAGCCAAAUACUGCUCUAGCCAUCGAGGAUCUUUUCUCCGUGGCGCCGAAAGUAAAAAAGGUCGAACAAAUAUUUGCAACUCCUGGGAAUGUUUACCAAGCGGAAGUCCUACCUGAGGAAGAGGAGGGGGAGGAAACAGAGACAGUGAGAGCAAUGCCCAAUGUGUCCAGGCGCCCAGCACCAUUCCGUCGACCUCCGAAAGACAACGCAGACACCACUGGAGCUCGACGACGUCUUGAUCUUAACUUUUUUGCGAACCGUAAGAAGUCAGAUGCCCCUAGAAGGACUCUUGGUGGUUCCACGAUUGUACCGAUUACUGUAGAGGGCACCGGCAAGCUAGUACAGAAAACUAAAGCCACGCAGGUGCGGCCACAGUCUCCAGUGUUUAUCACUACACCUUCAGAAGUUAUUGUGAGUGCUACUCAGGGAUUCGCCUCACUCAGUAUUAUCGGUCCCUUCAGCACAGCUGUGAACAACGAGCUGGGGCAAGUCAUUGAGCAUUAUGACUUCCUGUCAUCUGCUCCUACAUUGGACGUACAAGAGUCCUAUGACGUGUACGAAGUUGAACCGACUGCAUACGAAGACCUUCACAGCUCCAGUGUGGUGGACAAUGAUGUUAGCUUCCCCAUUGGCCUCGUCACCAAGAUAGAGGGUACCAUUGUAUCGGACACCCUCACUACCGUGCACGAGACGAGCGUCAUCGGUACCUACAUUGAUGGUCAAUAUGCUCAGGUGCUCCGAAGCACCUCGUAUAUCUUCCAGACGUCGCUAGCACUGGAGUCCAACAUUAACAGCUAUGUCGUGUCAUCUGACUACGAAACCGUCAAAUCUGUCAUCAAAGGCUCUGCUACACAGUUUAUCACACCAGAGCCCACCUCAGCCCUCCCACUUGAAUCUCUCUUCUCAGGCCCAACUGGCAGAAGUCGUGAUAGUCGCAGGAACGAUGACGAGUCUGCCAUCCAGUUGCGCAUGAGGUCUGCUUUGUCUAAGCGUCGAGGUGCACAAGAGUCUGGACCUCGCGCCCGUUCUCGGCCUGUUCAUGAUCCAUAUGUUGACGAGGAAGAAGAUCAAGACUUACAAAGAGCGGGAUCAAACUUGCGCCCAUCCUUUAGGUUCCAGCAAUCAAAAACUGUAAAAACACCAGACGUUAGUACAGUCUAUGCACAGACACCGAAGCCCACGACAUUCAGGCCGCGCUAUAAGCCAUCGGCCACUAGACGUACAAGUGGUCGCCAAACAACGUUGCGUCCCUCACAGCCGGGCACCAAGCGGCAAGGAAGACCCACAAGCCGCUGGCGUCUCGGGGUCUCGCCCAGACCCAAGGUUAAUGUUAACAGACGUCCCAUCAGUCCAUCGGAUGAGGCUGAACAGACUGUUGAGGAGAGUCACAGUGAGCCUGUUAUUCAACCAACUCCAGAGGGGCCCUUAAUUCCUGAUGCAGAAGAGGAGACUCUCCGUGUUGUGACCAGCACCCCAGCAGAUGGCCCCACUAACGUCUGGUUUGAGGUAGCGACUGUCCGAUCUCUUCACACCUACCGAGUGGGCACCAGUAAAAACACUCGGUAUGCCACCUUCACCAAGACCUUUACUCAUAGCAUCGAAGCUACGCCAGAGCCGAGUCUUCCUCAAGACGACCUCUAUGAGACGCCACUGUUUGAAAACAUUCUGGACACUGGUCCACGGGACGUGUCAACACUCCCACCUGUUGACAUUGGUACCAACGAUAUCUCCGCAGUGCUGGAAACAGCAACAGAGACCUUCAGUACUACGGAAAUUAUGAGGAAGACUUCUGUACUGCCGGUGUUGCAGGCCGGAGAGACCUUCUAUCACACACUCACUCAAACCUACCACAUCACCCGUGUGGUCACUGCGGUUAAAACUAUGCCGCCAUAUGAGGCUUUUUCUUUCAUUCCCGAGAACUCGCUCAACGAGUUUAACGGUCAGUUGUUGGCUGAAGGGACCGAGAACGACGAAGCGCUGCUGCCAGGAGAAGUUGAGUAUGACGAGAAUGGUGAGAUUGUGGAGACCACUAAUGAGACCCGCGUUCGGCCGCCUCCAGGCUUUCCUUUCCAGGAUCCCAACCUUGCCGAACUAGCUGGUGGACAGUUUAAUCCUGAUGUUUUCGAAAAACAGCUGCAUCCUCAGCUGGCUGCCGCUAUGGAACAGCGACAGCAGCAGCAGCAACCGCAGAGCCGUACAACACCCCAGCUGGCUCCUGCUCAACUCCCUGCACCAGCAGAGCCUGCCAUGGCAACCCCAGGACUCACGCCAGAGCAACUGCAACAGCUGGCCUUCCUCCGCCUGAUGAACCCCUUCAGCUUCGGGGCAUUUCCUUCUCUGCAGCCGCAAACGAGCAUCACCUCCUCACCUGUCACCAUCACCACUGACCUCACCACCACCUCCACCCGUAUCUUCCGCGUCAUAUUCAACGCGCGGCCCAUUAUGACCACCAUCAGUAGUGUGGAGGUCGUCCACACUACCCUCACAACUUACUCUUUUUCCACAAUCACUGUCACACCUAGUAUCUCACCAUUCCCAUUUCCCUUCAAUCCUUCUCCCUUCCCCGUUGGAUAAGCUACUUCCCCACUAGAGCAGCCUCUACCAGGGCAAGAGAUCCACUCAUUUACCAAUAUCCUCCACCGACACUAUGAGCCCUCCUUGUGUUACCUCAUAACAUACCAGCGUAUACAGUGAGGUAACCUCGAAAUGCAGGAAUAAAACGCUGUGUAUAUUCACGUACUUUGCGCUAAAGUCGGAAAAUAGAACAACUAUAGUAACAGGAAGAGGAAGUAUUUAGAUCAACGGGAAGACAGCAGGCACUUGGAACAACGGGAAGACAGCAGGCACUUAGAACAACGGGAAGACAGCAGGCACUUAGAACAACGGGAAGACAGCAGGCACUUAGAACAACGGGAAGACAGCACGGGAAAACAGCACGCACUCUCACGAGGGUAGACACGAUAACGACCUUUACCUGUAUAGUAUUUCCUUAAACAGAAGAAAGAAGAGGACCACAGUUCACUGUAGCGAAACACCUCAAAACAUUUUGGAGUGUGAUAUUUACCCCCACGUAGAACAUCGAUGCUGAUACUGAAAGAAAAUAUUCACUGGGAGAUGCAAUGCUCUCUACAUUUACGCAACCCUUAAGCAUUAUCUGGAUAUAGCAUACUAGUAACUCCCGUCACUAGAUGCUCUAGUGUCCGUUUCACAGAUCUAUUUUGAUAAAUAUUCAUAAGAAACAGAUAAUUUUUUUAAAAUAUUUAUUUAAUGUGUGAAAUUACUAUAUUUCAAAUUUAGUUAGUUAGUUAAAGAUUAGCCGGUAGUCUCCCGGCCCGGGCCUUGUCCAAGUGGUGGCCCGGCCUUGGCUCCCUCUUUAGGGAGUGUCUGAGACCUAAGUCUCCCAUGGGAGGAGGCACAAGUACCUCCUCAUCUUUGGGACCAACUGUCCCCAGGCCUAGCCACAAGCUAGGCCUCUCUGGUCUGCCAUCCCCGCCACAAGGGGGCUAAUGGGAAUGACAGUCUUAUGAGCUAAAGGCUCGGGCUCAGGCACCUACCCUACCCUAGAAGGGCUGGGCAUGGUGUCGAUCGAUCUAUUUCAAAAUUAUUAUUAUUAUUAAAGAUUCACCGGUAUUCUCCCGGCCCGGGCCUUUUCCAAGUGGUGGCCCGGCCUUGGCUCCCUCUUUAGGAAGUGUCUGAGACCUAAGUCUCCCAUGGGAGGUGGUACAAGUACCCCCUCAUAUUUGGGACCAACUGUACCCCAGGCCUAGCCACAAGCUAGGCCUCUCUGGUCUGCCAUCCCCGCCCCAAGGGAGCAAAUGGGAAUGACAGUCUUAUGAGCUAAAGGCUCGGGCUCAGGCACCUACCCUACCCUAGAAGAGUUAGGCAUGGUGUCGAUCCUAUUUCAAAACAAACACCAAAGAGGUAUGGGUCAUAACAUAGUUUACCUCCUUAUCAGGAGAAAAAUCUAUGUUAAUUCGGGCCAAGGUGUUGGUGGAGGAUUAUAUAAACGUCUAUUUAUAAUAUUUUUUUAUAAUUUUUUAUGUUUUAUAUAAAACAAAAAAAAAAUAAAAGAACAAUAGUAUUGCAUUAACAGCAAAACAAACUACUAGUUUAUCUUCGUAUUUUGACAAUUCAUCUCGGGUUUUCAGCUGUUUGGCACAAAUUUUAACUACUUGGUAAGGCUGAACGAGGUCAGUGUAUAUACACAGGAUAUAUAACCUGAGAGAUGUAUUUCUGUCAGUGUAUAUAUGCUGAUAGUUAACUUUGAUUUCUGUUUUAGGUAUCAAAGUAUUUUGGUGGUGAAAGAGUUACGUGCAGCCUUAAUAACCCUACUGUAGUCGACAGGUGCGUAAGAUUCCCUGUCUCCUAAUAUCAUGUUCAUUUUUCCUCUAUAAUCUACCUUGUCCGUAACUAUUAUCUCAUUUCCUUUGUCUGCUUUCUUAAGAUGAAGUCCAGGAUCUUUCCUUAAUUCAUGGUAAAACUUAACAAAUCUUUGAGGACAAUUGUGUUGUAGAGGUCUGAGCUUUGCUCAGACCUCUACAACAUAAUUGAUUUGUUAAGUUUUACCAUGAAUUAAGGAAAGAUCCUGGACUUCAUCUUAAGAAAGCAAAUCAAAUGUGAUAGUAGUUAUGGACAAGGUAGAUUAUAGAGGAAAAAUAACAUUAUAAGAAAACAGGGGAAUUGACGUGUCCCUUAAACCCCAUCAACCAACCAACCUGCAUAUACACCGAGGGGGAGUAUACCUCAGUGUAUACACCAAAAAGAGUUUAUACGCUGAGAGUUUACUUCAAUCCCUCUUGUGAGAUUGGGUGCAGGAGAUUACUCUCAUCACCGUAGAGUAGUCGUGAGUAUACCGGCCAGUGGAGUAUGGAAGAUCAACUUUCAACACUUGAAUAAUAGGUUGUGAUUCAUAUAAAAUACUAGAAAAAAAUUAGAGCCAUAGCAAUAAUAUAUACAAAUACAGUAGUUUGUUACCCCUAUAUUGCUCCUAUGAUUUUGGCUAUUAUCAUUCUUGCAUCAGUCCUAAUUAAAAAAAUGUAUGUAGCGAAAUUUCGAAUCUGUUUUCCGAGGUUAGCAUAAUUAAGCCUUCUAGCCUAUGCUAUCUUCUUUCGUCUCGAUAAAAAAAAAAAGAGGAAACAUAGAAAUAUUACACUUACAUCAAUUGCAACUUAAAACUUAAUUUACUUGGAAUUCAGAUUUGAAUCUAAAAUUCACUCUACGUAGAAUAAGAAAAUAUUCUUUAUAGUGUACAGAGAGAGAGAGAGAGAGAGAGAGAGAGAGAGAGAGAGAGAGAGAGAGAGAGAACAAUGCCUUUCUUGAAUCCCUAAAAACAUCUUUCUGCCAAUCUUGUAUUUUUCUCCAUUACAGAGAUUGGCCAUCUGCCUUAUUUAUCAUAACAUUAGUGAUGAGGUUGUAAACAGUGCGUUGAUGAUGCUGUGGCCAGGAGUAAACAGUGUUGAUGAUGCUGUGGCCAGGAGUAAACAGUGUUGAUGACGCUGUGGCCAGGAGUAAACAGUGUUGAUGAUGCUGUGACCAGGUGUAAACAGUGUUGAUGACGCUGUGACCAGGUGUAAACAGUGUUGAUGACGCUGUGACCAGGUGUAAACAGUGUUGAUGACGCUGUGACCAGGUGUAAACAGUGUUGAUGAUGCUGUGACCAGGUGUAAACAGUGUUGAUGAUGCUGUGACCAGGUGUAAACAGUGUUGAUGAUGCUGUGACCAGGUGUAAACAGUGUUGAUGCUGUGACCAGGUGUAAACAGUGUUGAUGAUGCUGUGACCAGGUGUAAACAGUGUUGAUGAUGCUGUGACCAGGUGUAAACAGUGUUGAUGACGGUGUGACCAGGUGUAAACAGUGUUGAUGAUGCUGUGACCAGGUGUAAACAGUGUUCAUGAUGCUGUGACCAGGUGUAAACAGUAUUGAUGAUGAUGUGACCAGGUGUAAAGUGUUGAUGGUGUGACCAGGUGUAAACCGUUUAUACUGUGACCAGGUGUCAAAUGAUUAUGCUGUGACAGGUAUAAACAGUGUUUAUGCUGUGACCAUGUGUAAACUGUUUAUACUGUGACCAGGUGUCAAAUGUUUAUGCCGUGACCGAGUGUAAGCAGUGUAGUCAUGGUGUGACUAGGUGUAAACAGUGUCUCAUGAUGCUGUGAUCAGGUGUAAACACAACUUCAACUAAUGAUACUUGUAAAUAUAUGUAAAUAUACGUCUUAAGUCACACUGACACCCCCAACAUUUCCAUUUUCUUACUUGCUAAUAAAUAUUUGUAUUAGAGAAAACCUUUCAUUCCACUCCCUGACGUUUUUACAGUGACUUAUAUAGAUGUAACUGUAUAGAUUAGCCACCUGAGGAUUAGGUCCGUCUCACUAAAAUAGGUAGUUAAAUAACUUCUGUUAAGGGCACUUGAAGGAUGACCUUGACAGGUUGAUGUUGUGGUUGGAGAAGUGGCAGAUGCAAUUCACUGUAGACAAGUGUAAAGUUCUAAUUUUAGGAAAAGCACUUUAAAGCUAAAUAAAGUUGAUCUUAGAGAAAAUAAAUGCGAUAAUUUUUAGUGGUUCUGCUUAGCAAAAAUUUAAUGCUAUGACAAUAGCAUAAGUUUUCGUAAUAUAGAUAAUAGAAUUUUUGGCUUCUCACUAAGAAAUAUAAUUAAUAGAAGUACUCGGGCUACACUAAAACUUUAUUUAUCUUUGGUUAGAACUCAUUUAGAUUAUGCUGCUCAGUUCUGGGCUCCAUAUUACAGGAUGGACAAAAAUGAUCUCGAAAACAUAGAGAAGAAUGAUGAAGUUCACAGAAGACUUUGCUACGAAAAUAGGCGGAAGGCACUAAACUUAUAUUGUUUGAAAAGUAAGUUUAUUUAGGUAUACACAAAUACAUUUACAUAGAUUAUCAUACAUAGCAACGUAUGUGUAGAGAACUCAGGAUAACCCAAGAGAGUCAGACAGAAUAUGGGGAGAUAUGAUUGAAGUAUACAAAUGGAAAACAGGAAUGAAGGAGAAAUGCGCAGUGUGUUGAAAACAUCUAACCAAGGCAGCAAUAUAUUCAAGUUAGAAUAUGGAAGCACAACACCGUGAAUGGAACACUGUCUAAAUAACCUGCACAUUGGGAACUAAAAACUUAUGACAACGUUUCUGCCCAAUUGAACUAUUUAAUAUUGCAAGUCGGGCCGAAACAUCAUCGUAAGUUUCAGUCUCCUAUGUACGGGUUAUUUGUGAAUUCAAGUUGGAGAAAUUAAGAGUUAGAGAGGAUGCAGGAAGUACUGGUUUAGCAACAAUGUCGUAGAUGAGAGAAACAACUCCAGGGUAGCCUCACUUAGGUCACAACUUUAGGUAGUUUUAAAAAUAGGCUGGACGGGCACAUGAGUGGGUAGAGUUAUACUUACUUGGGCCAGUAUGUUCGCUGCAGUGUUCUUGUGUUUAUGAUGCUCUUGUGUUCAAGGUUUCACCUGAAGAUUGGGGGUCAAAGUUGACUUUACUUACGGGUGAAUUAUUAUUGUGCAAAUUCUCCAGUAUUAAAUGUGUGGUGCAAUAAAGAUAUUUAAUGAUAAUGGUAAAAGCCUUUGUGAAUAUAUAACGUUAGCUAAUAUUAUCUAACGUAUUGUUAUUAUUAAAGAUUCGCCGGUAUUCUCCCGGCCCGGGCCUUUUCCAAGUGGUGGCCCGACCUUGGCUCCCUGUCUAGGUGUGUCUGAGACCUAAGUCUCCCAUGGGAGGAGGUACAAGUACCCCCUUAUCUUUGGGACCAACUGUCCCCAGGCCUAGCCACAUUCCCCGCCCUCACGGGGCUCGUAGGGAGAAGCUAGGCCUCCCUGGUCUGCCAUCCCCACCCCAAGGGGGUUAUUGGGAAUGACAGUCUUGUGAGCUACAAGCUCGGGCUCGGGCACCUACCCUACCCUAGAAGGGCUGGGCAUGGUGUCGAUCAUCUAACCUAGCU